AUGGCUUCUGCCUCUUCUCAUACCCAUUCACAAUCAUCAUCAACUCAAAAGUUGACUUAUGAUGUUUUCUUGAGCUUUCGAGGUGAAGAUACUCGCAAGAAUUUCGUGGAUCACCUUUACGAUCGCUUGAAUCAGAAAGGACUCCUCACCUUCAAAGAUGACGAGCGGCUGGAGAAAGGACAGCAUAUUUCUCCCACUCUGCUACAAGCUAUUCAACAAUCAAGAUUUGCUGUGGUAGUCUUCUCCAAAAAUUACGCAUCAUCAACCUGGUGUCUAGACGAGCUUGCAAAAAUCAUGGAAUGCAAAAAAAAUCUCAGCCAGGUUGUGGUGCCAAUUUUCUACGACAUAGACCCUUCACAUGUGCGCAAACAAACUGCAAGUUUUGAAGAAGCAUUUGCCAAACAUGAAGGGAAUUUCAAAGAUGAUGAGGGCAAGGCGAAGGUUGAAAGGUGGAGGAAAGCUUUGACAGAGGCAGGUAGUAUUGCAGGGCACGAUUUGCAGGGUGAUGAGUAUAACGGGUAUGAAUUAAAGUGUAUUAAAGCAGUCAUUUCUGACAUAUCGAAAAUGCCUCCAUCUCCAAGUGUCCAAAAAGGUUUAGUGGGAUUAGAGUCACGGCUGGAAGAAAUAAGAAUGAAGUUGAAAGUAUGGGAUGAAGAUGUUAAGUUGGUAUUAGGCCUUUGGGGUAUGGGUGGUAUUGGGAAAACAACCAUUGCAAGAGCUGUUUUUGAUCAAUUUUUUAGUGAAUUUGAUGGUUCAUGUUUUCUUGCUAAUGUUAGAAAAUAUGGGCUGGAAGCCUUGCAAAAGAAACUCCUAUUAAAAGUUCUGAACGAAAAUUCAUUUGAUAAAGAUGAUGUGGAUGAAGGAAUUCAGAUGAUAAAGAAAAGGCUCAAAUGCAAGAAAGUAUUGAUAGUUCUUGAUGAUGUAGAUCAUCGGAGUCAAUUAGAUAUAUUGGUUGGAGAUGGUGAAUGGCUUUGCAAUGGUAGUAGAGUAAUCAUAACUACCAGAGACAAGCAUUUAUUCACUCAAUUUAGAGUUGUUGUUGAACCUUAUGAAGUAAAGAAAUUGGAGAAAGAAAAAUCUAUAGAGCUAUUUAGUUGGCAUGCUUUUAAGAAAGAAUCUCCCGAGAAUGGCUUUGAAGAUCUGUCUAAAUCUUUUGUAGCUCAAGCUAGUGGUCUUCCAUUAGCCCUUCAAGUUUGGGGUUCUUCUCUAUGUGGACAAACAGAUCGAAAAGUGUGGGAAAGAACACUAGAGAAGAUUAAAGACAUCCCAGAUAGGGAAGUUAUUGAAAAGUUUAGAAUAAGUUAUGAUGGACUGGAUGGGGAGUGCAAAAAGGUAUUUUUGGAUAUAGUAUACUUCUUUCGGGACGAACGUCGGGAUGUUGUAGAAGAAGUACUUAAUACUUGUAAAUUACAUCCUGUUACAAACAUAUCUGUGCUUAUUGAUAGAUGUCUACUAUUUGAAUCAUUCAAAUCUGGUGAGCCCUAUAUUGAUAUGCAUGAUUUGAUACAUGAGAUGGGGUUGAAUAUUGAAAGAGAAAAAAGGAACAGAAGAUGGCGGCUUGACGACCUUGAUGAUGAGCCUAAGGUGGUGGAAGGUCUUUUGCUUUCAUUCUACUGUGAUGAGAAUAUUAGCCCUUGUAUUGACUCUUUCAAACAGAUGACAAAAUUGAAGAUGCUAAGUGUUAAAUAUCGAGAACGUUAUCACUGUAGCUCAGAAUCUCAUCUAAAAAGUAUUGAAGCUUUAAAAGAGAUAGGCAUUAUGAAUUAUCUACCUAGGGGUUUGGUGUUGCUUAAAUUCCCAUAUUUUCCAUGGUCAAAGCCGUUUUGCUCAAUGGAAAUGACAAAACUUACCUAUCUGGAUCUUAGCUCAUCCAACUCUUUGUUAGAAACCCCAAACUUUGCUAUGAUGCCAAAUUUGGUGAAUUUAAAUCUUUCAGGCUGUGAGAAAUUAAAAACAAUCCAUCCAUUUGUUGGAAACCUUACAAAACUUGUUAAAUUAAAUUUAAGUGGAUGCAAAAAUCUUGCAAAGCUUUCCGGCUUCAAUCAACUCUUUGUUAGAACUCCAAAUUUUGCUAUGAUGCCGAAUUUGGAGUAUUUAUACCUUUCAAAGUGUGAGAAAUUGAAAGAGAUCCACCCAUCGAUAGGAAAUCUUAUGCAAUUGGAAAUCUUGAAUUUAUCAGGAUGUUAUAACCUUGAGAAGCUUCCCAACUUUAACCAGGAAAUGAAGAAUAUUACCCUUUUGGAUCUUAGACUUUGCAGCUCUUUGUUAGAAACUUUGAAUUUUGCAAUGAUGCCGAAUUUGAAGUAUUUAUACCUUUCAUAUUGUGGGAAAUUGAAAGAGAUCCACCCAUCUAUUGAAAAUCUUACCAAACUUGAUAUCUUGAAAUUGGAUGGAUGUAGUAACCUUGAGAAGCUUCCCAACUUUAACAAGGAAAUGAAAAAAAUUACCCGUUUGAAUCUUAGAUUUUGCAGCUCUUUGUUCGAAACUCCAAAUUUUGCUAUGGUGCCGAACUUGAAGUAUUUAUACCUUUCAAAGUGUGUGAAAUUGAAAGAGAUUCACCCAUCAGUUGGAAAUUUUACAGAACUUGUUGAAUUUGAUUUGUAUGGAUGUAGUAACAUUGAGAAGCUUCCUAGCUUUAACCAGGAAAUGAAGUAUAUUACGUGUUUGGAACUUAGGUUUUGCAGGUCUUUGUUAGAAACUCCAAAUUUUGCUAUGAUGCCAAAUUUGAAGUAUUUAUACCUUUCAAAGUGUGAGAAAUUGAAAGAGAUCCACCCAUCAAUAACAAAUCUUACAGAACUUGUUGAAUUUGAUUUGAAUGGAUGUAGUAAUCUUGAGAAGCUUCCUAGCUUUAACCAGGAAAUGAAGAACAUUACCUGUUUGGAACUUAGGUGUUGCAGCUCUUUGUUAGAAACUCCAAAUUUUGCUAUGAUGCCAAAUUUGAAGUAUUUAUACCUUUCAAAGUGUGAGAAAUUGAAAGAGAUUCACCCAUCUGUUGGAAAUCUUACACAACUUGUUAAAUUUGAUUUGAAUGGAUGCUGUAACAUUGAGAAGCUUCCCAGCUUUAACGAGGAAAUGAAGAACAUGACCUAUUUGGAACUUAAGUGUUGCAAGUCUUUGCUAGAAACUCCAAAUUUUGCUAUGAUUCGAAAUUUGAAGUAUUUAUACCUUUCAAAGUGUGAAAAUUUAAAAGAGAUCCAUCCAUCAGUUAAAAAUCUUACGAGACUUGUUGAAUUUGAUCUGAAUGGAUGUAGUAACCUUGAGAAGCUUCCUAACUUUAACCAAGUAUCAUAUCUCCAGAAUGUCAAGUUUCAAAAUUGCAUAAAAUUUCAAAAUAUUUCAGAAAUCAAGGCAAGUACAUACACUAAAUAUAUUAGAGUUGGAUAUAUUAUAUGUUGGGAUUGUAGUACUUCCCUCAUCGACGCAACAACUCGGCAAUAUGUGUUAGUUACUUAUAAAAAGCUUUUUAAUUUAAGAGUUCAUAUGAUUUUGACUAUUCUCAUUCUUCUCAUGCAGGAAAUGAAGAACAUUACGUGUUUGAAACUUAGGUGUUGCAGGUCUUUGUUAGAAACUCCAAAUUUUGUUAUGAUGCCGAAUUUGAAAUGUUUAUAUCUUUCAAAAUGUGAGAAAUUGAAAGAGAUCCACCCAUCAGUUGGAAAUCUUACGAAACUUGUUGAAUUUUAUUUGGAUGGAUGUAGUAACCUUGAAAAGCUUCCCAGCUUUAACCAGGAAAUGAAGAACAUUACGUGUUUGGAACUUAGUUCAUGCAGGUCUUUGUUAGAAACUCCAAAUUUUGAUAUGAUGCCAAAUUUGAAGUAUCUAAACCUUUCAGAGUGUGAAAAAUUGAUAGAGAUCCACCCAUCUAUUGGAAAUCUUAUGGAACUUGUUGUAUUAGAUUUGAAAAGAUGUUAUAAAGUUGAGAAGCUUCCAAACUUUAACCAGAAAAUGAAGAACAUUACCUAUUUGGAACUUGGAUCUUGCAGCUCUUUGUUAGAAACCCCAAAUUUUACUAUGAUGCCGAAUUUGAAAUAUUUAGACCUUUCAAAGUGUCUGAAACUGAAAGAGAUCCACCCAUCAGUUAGAAAUCUUACGAAACUUAAAAUUAAUUUGGAUGGAUGUAGUACCUUGAAAAAACUUCGCAGGUUUAAGAGUUCACAUAAAUUUAAGUAUUCUUAUUAUUCUCAUGCAAAAAAUUAAGAACAUUACAUGUUUAGAACUUA